AUGGCUUUCACAAUGCAUUCCCACUCCGGCCAAUUCUGUCCGGGCCACGCCAAGGAUGACCUGGAGGACAUCAUCAAAGUCGCCAUUGCCAAGGGCUUCACCACUAUGGGCAUUACCGAGCAUAUGCCUCGUACCAGUCUGGACGACUUAUACCCCGAAGAGAUGGAUGAUCCCCAAGGCAGCCUCGCCGUCCUGAUGCCGCGCCACGAGGCUUACCUCGUCGAAGCACAGCGUCUGCAACGGAAAUACGCCUCGCAGCUUCACCUGCUCAUCGGUUUCGAGGGCGAGUGGAUCCGGCCCGAGUAUGGCCCGCUCAUCACCUCCCUCUCUGCGCAUCCCAGUAUCGACUACUUCAUGGGUUCCCUCCACCACGUCAACGGCAUCCCGCUGGAUUUUGAUGCCGCCUUCUACCAGCGGUGUGUCGACUCUGCAGGUGGUACCGAGGAGAACAUGUUCGAGCGCUACUUCGACCAGCAGUAUGAGAUGCUCACCACACUCAAGCCGCGGAUCGUGGGGCAUUUCGAUCUGCCGAGGCUGCUGAGCUCGGAUCCCAACAAGAACGUGCGGGAGUGGGCCGGCGUCUGGGAAAGAGUUGUGCGCAACCUGAAGUUCGUGGCCGGCUAUGGUGGGUGGCUCGAGUGCAACACGAGCGCGCUACGCAAGGGGCUGGCAGAACCGUACCCGUGUCGCUCAAUCGCGGAGGAGUGGCUUGGGUUUGGUGGAAAGUUCACGUUCUCGGACGAUAGUCAUGGGAUCGCUCAGCUGGGUACAAAUUACGUGAAAGGCCUGGACUUCCUAGAGAGUCUGGGAGUCAACGAAGUGUGGACACUGGAGCGGAGUCCGCACCCCUGGUCCGAGGGACAGACGGAGGGCAAACUGACGGAUAAGAGAGUUCCAAUCGAGGAUUUCAAGAAGGUGUGUCAGAGUUGGGAUGUUUGA